AUGCGAUCGGCAUCGGAAGAUAUACCCACAGAUACGGUAUCGGCAUCGGAAGAGAUACGCACAGAUACAGGAUCGGCAUCGGGAGAUAUACGCACAGUUAAUAUUCCUGCUAAUGCUAAAUGGUCACAGAACGGAGGGACUAUUGCUGGAGGCAACGGGCGAUGGGGUGGCACUAAUCAACUCAACUACCCUCAUGGUCUCUUUGUUGAUGAUGACCAAACAGUGGUUAUUGCUGACUACGGUAAUUGUCGUAUUGUGCAAUGGAAGAACGGUGAUACAACGAAUGGACAAGUUGUUGCUGCUGGUGGAUUCCAAGGAAAUGGAUUGAAUCAAUUGAGUGUUUCAACUGAUGUAUUAAUUGACAAAGAGACGGAUAGUCUCAUUAUUUGUGAUGCAGGGAAUCACCGAGUUGUACGAUGGUCUCGUAGUAGUGGUACAACACAAGGUGAAAUACUCAUCGAUACCAUCGGUUGUUUUGGAUUAGCAAUGGAUGAGCAGAGAUAUCUCUACGUCUCUGUCUAUGGAAAACAUGAAGUAAGACGAUAUAAAUUGGGUGAUAACAUUGGCACUCUCGUGGCUGGCGGUAGUGGACAAGGUGCUGAACUCAAUCAACUCAACGGACCGACAUUUCUCUUUGUCGAUCGAGAUCAUUCAGUCUACGUAUCAGACAGCGACAAUCAUCGUGUAAUGAAAUGGAAGAAAGGUGCAAAAGAAGGUAUUGUGGUCGCUGGAGGACAAGGCGCAGGGAGUGCUCUGACACAAUUGCAGUUUCCUGUCGGAAUCGUCGUUGAUAGGUUGGGUAGACUCUAUGUAGCAGACCAGGGGAAUCAGCGUGUAAUACGUUGGACCCAAGGAGCGAAAGAAAGCACUGUAAUUGUGGGUGGAAAUGGUCGAGGAGCAGGAGCAAAUCAGUUCGACUACCCCGUUGGUUUGUCUUUCGAUCAACAUGGUAAUCUCUAUGUCGUUGAUCGGGAUAAUGAACGUGUUCAACGAUUUUUUAUCCAAUAA